AGCUAAAGCGAAUAUGCUUUCCUCUGCCAAGCAAAUAUACCUUGAAAUCUUGAAUGGGCCUGGUUUAGUAUUAAACAAUACGUAAUUAAGAGAUGAUUACGUAUCCAACCAUUCGUUUAAUCUCGUAUCCUACUGAAAGUAAAUCAUUUUUCAGAGUCGUAGUCAACAGAGAUUAAUCUUCAACAAUAAUUGGUUACUCCGUAUCAUGUAAUGCGGAGUGUAUAGAUUUUAUGGGUCCGACGUUUUUGCCGCUAAAGAGAAUCCCGUGUACAUCGUUAAUUCAUUCUGCGCUCCAUUAAUAAAUUUCUUUGCUUCUUUGCGUAAUCUUUUGUCGCUGUGUUUAUCUUCUCAUCAUCUGCGGUGUGAACCCUUUGGGAAUCAAGAGAAUGAUGGAGUUUUUGCAGGGAUACUUUGAGACAGCCUUGUGGGCUCUCGUGGUUUCUUGCAUCAUUGUGAAGCUGGUUUUGAGCGCCGUGGAUAGUGAUGGGACUAAAGGUGUUCGAGAGAUUGACGCUGAGAGUUCUGGUAUUGUGAAGGUGGUUGAUGAAGAUGAAGGAGAAGUGAUUGUUGGAAAGGUUGAAAUGGUUGAACAGUGUGGUGAUGAGAGAGAUGGCAGUUGGACAGGUGGAGAGUCCAGGAAUCUUGGAGUGUUUGAGGUUGGAGCCUCAAAGAUUGAUGCUUUGUGUGGUGUUGAGGAAAAACAUGUUCUUGGGGAUGUUAAGGUUGUCAGGGAGGAAUUGGUUGGAGCCUCAAAGGUUGAUGCUUUGUGUGGUGUUGAGGAAAAACAUGUUUUUGGGGAUGUUAAGGUUGUUGGAGAGGAAUUCAAGAGUGAAGAGGUUGGGAAAAAGAAUGUUGUGGGAACAAAUUUGCCCAGAGAUGAUACUGCAAGUGGUCAUAUUGAAGGAGGAUUUAGACAAGAGGAUGAGAAGGAUGAGGGUCUUAGUGAUGAUGAUGAUUGGGAAGGAAUUGAGAGGAGUGACUUGGAGAUUCGAUUUGCCAAGGCUAUUAACUUCGUCGAGUGUGGGAACAAUGAUGCAUUGUCCAAUCUGGGAAGCAAGUUGCAGAUGCAGUUGUAUGCUCUUCAGAAAACCGCAAUGGAAGGGCCUUGCUAUAAGCCUCAGCCAAUGGCAUUCAAGGUCUCUGCCCGUGCCAAAUGGAACGCUUGGCAAAGAAUGGGAAGCAUGAGUUCGGAGGCGGCAAUGGAGCAGUACAUUAAACUUCUAUCAGAUACCGUUCCCAGCUGGAUUAGAUGCUCCUCCACUGAAAGUUGUGUAGAUAGUUCUUCAGCAACUGGAAAGACUCGUGAUCCAGAUUUUAAUGCUAGCUCUCCCGACAUUCAAUCUGAUUGUACAUUUGUACCAAUGAAAAGUAACUUGAACAGAAACUUUCUGUCAGAAGAACAGAAUUUACUAGCACAGCACAAAAGGUUGAAAUCUGAUAGGAAUUGAUGAUGAACUGCUUGUUUGUCCAACAACUUGGCCAUUUCCCAUGAUCCAAUCUGAAGUCUGAAGAUGUGCUUCAAGAAUUGCAGGGGGUUAAUAAUUAAUAAUAUUAUUCUUGCUUUUAGUUAGUUAGUUUUUUUUUUUAAUAAUUUAUUUCUCCAUAAUGUUUAUGAACUAUUGGUAUGCAAUACCCUGCACAUGUAAUUAAUUAUUUGCAUCAUAUUAGGGCUGAGCCUGUGCGUAGAUAACAGCUAAGUGCUCUAAUAGGAUGGCUUUACACUAAGAAAAUAUAUUUGAUAUAUUGUCAAGCAAAGAUAAAAUAAAAAAUUAAGGGGUUAGUUCAGGUAAA